GUUGUCGGGUUCACCGCCAGGCGUCGCGUCGCUCUGACGCCGAAUUUCAGAGCGGUGAAUUUGAAAGGCGAAACGUCAUUAUUCGCCUCGUCAAAAUUUCCAGUGAAAACACCCUUGUCAAGAGAAUUCCCGAGGGCUGCAAAUUAUGUCCUGCGCUCGAUGUGGAUGCGGAAUUUAUAAAACCGAGGAGUUCAUUUCGCUCAACAAAGUGUGGCACAAGUGCUGUUUCACCUGCCACCAAUGCAACAAACGUCUCGAUAAAAGCACAGCGAAAAUUUUCCAAGGCGAGUUGUUUUGCGAGAUCUGCUACAGCUGCGUGAUCGAGAAGCUUUUCGAAGUGAUUUCCGCGCCGUCGUUGAAGAAACCCACCAGGGUGGUUUCCUCGCCGAGUUGCGCGAGUAAAUCGUUCGACAAGCGUCUAGAAGAGUGCGGGAAUUUGCUGAAAAAUUUUAAUCCCACAAAGAACGAAGGUGCCGUUAGAGCCGCGCAGUCUUGCAUAUGCAUCCCAAGCAGGCAGGAAGCGACAAAAAAUGAUUAUUGCUUAGUGUUUCCUAUACCGCGCGAGGUUGCCAACUACUACAAUAGGUCACAUAUGAGAGAUAAAGCGCGCAACUUUAGGGCCUCGGGAAGGUGCUGCCCCCCGAACGAGACUCAGUGCUCCUGCCGCCCGAGGUCGCCGCCUCCGUGCGACUGCAGCGCCGCCCCCCGCCCCAUUCAACUGCGCAGCCUGACGGCUGACUCUGAAAACUGCCGCAGUUGCCGGCCAUGUUGUCCCGCUCGUCCCCAGUCGUCGCCGCCAUUGUGUCCCGCUUACGCCUGUCCGCCGUUGCGCCCUAGCGCCGGCUGUCCGCGUUGCUGUCCCGUUCUCGAAUCCGGUCGUCCGCGCGCUCAGUGCUGCGAAGGCGGCUCGCCGACUCGAAGAUGUAAAUGCGGUCCGAAACGGGCAUGUGCGGGAGGCGCGACGGCAGAGAGGCGCGCCUGCACGUGCGCGAAGCCCAAACGCUGCGCGUGCGACUCGCCGAAACCGUGCGACUGCAAAAUGGCGCAGGUGAGGGCCGCGUGCACCUCUUGCUGCAUCAGAUGUAAGCGAAAGGUAUACGCAGCAGAAAAGGUGUUGGUAUCCUGCGGCGCUUUCCACACAUCCUGCUUCUCCUGCUUUUGUUGUAACAAGUUGUUGGACGUCAAGAAUGUUUUCGAGGGAUGCGGCGAAAUAUAUUGCAAACAAUGUUACAAUCACUUUUUUGGAAUCCAAUACUACGGGUUCGGGAGGCUGGCUUCGUAAUUUGGGUUGUUCUGCAUUAUAAUAAAUAAUAAUUGUUACCGAAUAAAAAACGUUUUCCU